AAAACGUCCAUUACGAUGGCUCGGUCAGAUAGCCCAUACUUGGUUCCAUUCCUCUCAUGGCUUUGCGAUCCGCCUAUAUAAACCCUGCACGGGCUCUGCUCCGACCCCAUAUCAAGUCUUCGUUCCCUCGUCGUUCGCUCACCGAAAUCGCCUCUUCCUCUACUAUAUUCAGCGACAGCAUGAGCGCCAAGAUAAUCCCUCGUCCCAGUCAGAAGCGCGGUCAGGCAGACCACGGCUGGCUCAAGACGUUCCACACCUUUUCAUUUGCGUCGUACUACGACCCGUUGCACGCCGAAUUCGGCGCGCUGCGCGUGAUCAACGAGGACCGCGUCGCACCGCGUACGGGGUUCGGCACGCAUUCGCACAAGGAGUUUGAGAUCUUUUCCUAUGUGGUGUCAGGACAGCUUGAGCACAAAGACUCCAUGGGCAACACAGAGAUCCUCAAACGCGGUGACCUCCAGCUCACAUCCGCGGGCACGGGCAUCUCGCACUCGGAGAAGACGUAUGGCCUAGAGCAGGUCCACUUCCUCCAGAUCUGGUCUCUGCCGCGCGUCGCACGUCUCACGCCCAAAUACUUCACGCGCCACUUCUCGGACGACGAGAAGCGGGACCAGUGGGUGCGCGUGGUGGCGCCUGUGGAUGCCGAGGGCGUGUUGAAGGACAGCCGGGAGGGCAAGGGCCCGGCGCCGGUGCAGAGCGCGUUGACGCUCUAUGCGACGUUGCUCUCCGGGGGCAAGAGUCUGACGCAGAGCGUGCAGGGGUCGAAGGGAUACAUGCAUGUGGUGCAGACGAGUGGAUACAACACAGGCUCUGCGACGGGCUCGGGUGUGAAGGCGAGCGUUGGCGGCGAAGAGGUGGUUCUUCGGGAGGGUGAUGGGGCGUACAUGCACUUUGAGGGACCGGGUGAUAUUGUCGUCGAGAACAUCGGGGACAAGACUGCCGAGGUCUUGUUUUUUGACAUCGAGUAGAUUCAGAGUUGUAUUUUCAUCGUAGUAUUAUGGCAGAUGUAAUCUAGAGUAGACUUGUGCACGGGUGCACCCAUGGUCAGGGUGCAUUCACUCACUCGUCGACGUCGAAUGUUCCCGGUGAAGAGUCGGGACUGGCAGGCUUUCAUGCUCGCACAACUGCCGGCAUUUACUCUAGUAAAGCGAGCCAUAUGAACGCUUUGGGGUGAUCUGCCACAGGUCCUUUGAGCACAGGCUCAUAUUUAAAUACCUCCUGAGCCCAAGCCACCACCCCCACAAGCAUCAUGCUUCAGGUCCUGGCCAUCGCUUUCACAUUGUCUCUGCUCAUCGCCUCUCUCAUCAUCACCAGCGACCGGAUCACUGCCCUAAAACGAGACGUCGAGCUCCUCAAGAACGAGAACGAAAGACAACUGCGCCGGAUCCUCAAGCUUGUGGGUUAUCUUCUCAAACUCAAAACGUGUUGGCCUCGAAGAUUGCUCAACCAUGCUCUGAUUGAUAGGAACGCAGGAAGUACUACAGCUCCCGCUUCGACAGAAUCCAAAAGCAGCCGCUUGUCAGAUCAGGGAGGAUGGACGUGAUACACCAUUAUGUAGAUUGAAGAGAGUUUAUGUGUACGCGUGCGAUACGGAGAACGUUAUACGGACAAGGAC